AUGCUUGUGAAGCUGAGCAGCCCAGCCAAGCUCUCGCCCAAUGUGAAGACAAUCAAACUACCGACCAGCUGCAAAUUCCCUGGGACGAGCUGUACUGUCUCUGGCUGGGGCAUCACCACCAUGGAUGUAGGUGAGGCUGCCUCUGGGACCCCAGUCACCAACAUCCCAACUCCCUUCUUCCUCGGCCCACAGAUACAGGGGACAGACCCGAGGUUCCAGACCCCCUUCACCUGCGAUCUCACACCCAGGAAGCCAGACCACCAGGCCCUCUACAGUCAGACCCAGGAAGCCUGA